AAAAAAAGCUAAUUACAUUUUGUUCUUAUUAGACCUAAAUUCUACAGAUACCAGUAAAACAAUAUAAUGAACUCCAGUGUUGUAGUUCUGAAAAGCGUGCGUUGAGUGUGGAUGAGGGAUUGCUUUUUCAAUGUAAAGUUACUUUUCACAUGUUGUUUCAUAGUUUGCAAAUGAUGUCAUUUGACUUCUUUUCAGUGCUUUACUUUUAAUGUUUGCCAUUCAGGAGGCAUUUUUCUCUAACGUGUAUUUAAUGUUUUAAUCUGCAUUUCUUUGUUUAAUUGCUUGUACCUGUAUAAUGUGAGGUCACCCAAGAACAUAUGCAUGUAUGCUGCCAAUGAGUUACAUAAACCCUGAAACUCAUCACAUUGAAAACUAGGUACUGUUGUGGCCAAAAAGACAUAUUUUGCUGCUUUCAGUCUUUGGACUUCCAUUAAUUCCUUCUUCUUUCCAUCCAAAGAAUGAGCACGUGUCGAUGGUGUACACCUAGUGGUCCCGACGCCACCGAGUUCCUGAAGAACUAUGCUUCUAAACGGUUGUCCCCGGAAGAUCUUGAAGGAUCCAAUGAAGAUCUCUGUUACUGCCUGGAGUGUGUGCUUGAAUACCACAAAGCCAAGGAAAAAUUGCCAGCGUUGCAUGAGGUCUUGUGGGAGUUGGAAACCUCCCGUCUUGUUGCCCACAUUGAGAAAUCCAUGCAAGAAGAAGCUGGAGAAGAUGAUGAGUUGUUUUUAGUGGAUGAGAAUGGAGAGACACAGCUGUCUGGUUAUGUGGGCCCGGACUUUGAGAAUAACCUGCGAGUGCCCCUUCUAGAAAUACUGAAAUAUCCAUAUCUGCUGCUGCAUGAGAGAGUCAGUGAGCUGUGUGUAGAAGUGCUCUGUAGAAUGGAAGAAAGUCACAGCUCCUUUCAGGUCUUUGAGAAAUAUCCAGGAAUUUAUCUCUUUUUGGUACACCCAAAUGAAGCGAUUCGUCGAUGGGCCAUUCUAACAGCAAGGAAUUUAGGCAAGGUCGACAGGGAUGACUACUAUGACUUACAGGAAGUGCUGACUUGCUUGUUCAAAGUUAUUGAGUUGGGGCUUUUUGAGAGUCGAGAUAUUUACAGCUCUUCAAUGAUUGAAAAGGGUAAACUCAUCCUUCUGCCAUCUCACUUAUAUGAUACUGUCAACUACAAAAACUAUUGGCUAGGGAUUUGUAUGUUGCUUACAGUGCUGGAAGAACAAGCCUUGGACUCCUUGUUACUGGGUCCAGACAAACAAAAUGAUUUCAUGCAGUCUAUACUUCACACCAUGGAGAAAGAAGCAGCUGAUGAUUCUACUGACCCCUUCUGGCCAGCGCUGCAUUGUUUCAUGGUUAUUUUGGAUCAGCUCGGAUCUAAAGUAUGGGGUCAGCUUAUUGAUCCAGUCCAAGCCUUUCAAACCAUUAUCAACAGUGUGAGCUACAACAAUGAGAUAAAAAAUAUACGCGGUAGCUUUAAGAGGACAAAAUCUGAACCGGAGUCAGACUACAAUGAUGACAUGGUUACUUGCAGUCAGAUUGUGUAUAGUUAUAACACAGAAAAGCCUCAGAAGGAUACUGGAUGGAAGACCGCCAUUUGUCCAGACUAUUGCCCCAACAUGUAUGAAGAUAUGCAAGCACUGGUUAACAUGCUUCAGUCUGCAAUUGGUAGAGAUACACGUGUCCAUCAAAGCACGUUUUUGUGGUUCAUCCCUUUUGUUCAGUCGCUUAUGGAUUUAAAGUACUUGGGUGUAGCAUAUAUAGUAGAAGUCAUUCACUACCUCUGCUCGGAAAUCAAAGAUAUUCUCAGUGAAAGAAUCCAGCAAUGUGACAAAAUCUCCGAAUUUUUUCUCCUGAUUUUGGUCUCCAUUAUUGAACUACACAGAAAUAAGAAGUGCCUGCAUUUGUUAUGGGUUAGCUCCCAGGAAUGGGUGGAAGCAGUGGUGAAAUGUGCUAAGCUUCCAGCUAUAGCAUUUACACAGUGCACUGAAAAACUACCUGGACAGUAUGUGAGAGGUUCAUUGACAGUAUCUUCACAAGCUUCUAACUCUGUGCAGCAUGCCUGCGUGCAGUUGAUACGCAGCCUUCUUAGAGAAGGCUAUCACAUUGGGCAGCAUGCUCUUUGCAAGCAAUACCUAGACAAACUCAAUCUUCUUCUGCGAGGAAAUCUAUCUUUAGGUUGGCAGCUGAACAUCCAGGAAACUCAGGAAUUACAAGUGUGUUUAAGGCAAGUUAUAAGAGGUAUAAAGAACAGAGCACUGGAUACCUCUGUGGCUGUAGGAAACAGUGCAAACUCUACUACUUUACCUGCCAUUUCUAUAAAGCAAGAGAAGAAUGCACGUGGUGGUGGAUGCGAGUUGAGUGUAUAUGACAGAGAUGACCCUCAUUCACUAUGUGCUGUCUCAUCGAAGGAAGGCAGAGAUUGUUCUAGCUUCUUUAAAAGUGACCCUGGUAUGCAGGGGAAUGAAGAUGAUGGGAUUGUGCUUUCAGGGUUCAGUGGCACCUCACUGAAAAAGGUAUCGACUGGACUAAAAUUAAGUUCAUUGUUGAAAUCUAAGAUUAAGAAAGAACCUGACAUGCAAACUUCAGACUGGGAACAGCCUAAUUUAAAUGACUCGGCUAAAUAUAACUGCGAAGGUCAAAUUUCAAAGUCCUAUUGUAUGGAUAAAACUUCAGCAAAUGAUCGUGUUCCAUCUAGCUCUGAAAACAAGAACAGUAUAUCCAACCCUGCUUCUUGGACCAGGCCACUGUCAGUGAAGUGUGAAUCAAGUGACAGGUUGUUAGAAUUUUCAAAGUAUUUCAAGAGGGAAAGCAAUUCAGUGGGGAAGAAAGAGGAGGAUUUUGUGAAGACAGUUUCUGAAGAUAAUACUUUAACAGACUCCCAGGUUGAUAGAGAACUCAGUAAAUUAUCUUUAGCUGCGUAUGCCAAAGGUGUCAAUUUUCCCUUUGAUUCAAGCCAAGAGAGCCCACUACAUGAUAAUGUGUGUGAUAUUAAAAGGAAAGUGAAAGGUGCGGUAAGAUCUUCCAGUGAUGGUCAGAGUACCACGUCUCCCUGUAGUGCAGAUUGCCGUAACAAUAAAGUCAUUAUAAUUUCAGACUCUUCUGAUGACGAAAACUCUGUGGCUGAGGAGAAGGAAACAGAAAAAAAGAAUGAAAAUGGGUAUCCUGAAAAGCAGCCUUCAACUUCCAGCUGCAUUUCUGAUAGUGACACCAAAACAGAAUCAAAGGUACCAAGCUCUCCCUUGUCAUUGGAAAACUGUGAGUCUCAGUACUUUGAAUUUGAAACAGAACUUGAUGUCUUUUCGGUUUGGCAAGAUACUCAAGACUAUAGCAUGGAAGUAACUCAGGAGUAUAAACAAGGUCACGUUUCAACGUCGGUUGACAGUAGAGAUUCAGGUGAAUUAGUGGAUGAUGAAACAAAUGAAUGGGGUUAUGAUGUGGAUUACAUAAAUGAUGAUAACAUGGAAGAAGAAGCAAACUUGACGGGAAAGGAGACAGAAAAUGUUUCUCUUCAGACAGAAGCUGAUAAUACAAAAGUAGUAACUAAUUCAACGUUGCAAGAAUCUGUUAGUAAGGAAAAUGCAAAAGAUCAACUGGAGAAUUCUGCCGGCAAAGGUACUGUUGCUGAAGACUUCACCUUGCACUCAAAAUUGACUGAACCCAGAGCAUCUACAUCUAAAAUCUCAUUAGCUUCAAAAUUGGCCCUUAAGAAGAAUAGUGCAAGCCCACAGAAGAGCAUAGCAAACUCUAAGGUAGCAAGAACUAUUCAAAGAAGUCCUAAAAAAACUCCUGUUCUUAAACCAGCACAAAACAAAAAACUACUUCAAAGUACAUCAAAAAAUUCCCAACCCGGCAGGUCACUGCCUGCUGUGGUUCCUCCAAGGAAAGUUCGCCAGUGUCCAGCACCAGCAUCAACUGUAGAAAAACUUGGUCUGAAGAAGGCGCCUCGCAAAGCGUUUGAGUUAUCCCAGCGCUCUUUAGAGAGUCUGGCUCAGUUGCGCAGCUAUGGUAAAGCUGCAGGGAGAGUUGGGGUUGCACAGAAAAAGAAGAUUAAACUAAUUGCUCCUCAGAGUUUGUCUAUAAAACAUAAUAAAAAAUUGCUAGCCUGCCAAGACCUUCAGUAUUUAAGGCAGACAAGGCCCAAAAGAAGGGUCGGAGUGGGAAAUUCUGCAGGAAGUUCUGGGAGUAGAAACAAAAAAGUUAGCAAACUGGAUGCAAAAUCUAUGAAACAAAAGCCUGGAAGUUUUGAAGUGGCAUCUGUUGAAAAGCAGGGAGAGAGAAAAAGGGAGCAGACUGGUUUUCCCUCUGCUGGUGAGAGAGAAUUUGAAAGCCUGUUUGUGGAAGAGGAGACAGGUGUCUCUAAAAUGCCUAGUUUUUCAGACUUGGACAGAAAAUCAGAGGAUAAUGGUACAACGGUUCCUCCUGUACCUGUGUUUUCAAGUCUCUCUUCUGCUGCAUUGGUUGGAGAUGGUAAAAAUGAACCUUCAGGAAAAGGUUCCGUUGUCCAGCCGGAGUGUGAGAAGAUAGAAGAAAAUGGGUGUAAAUCAAAUGAAAAUAGUGAUGAUGAUGAUCUGUUUUUAACUCAGUUAGAUCCUGUGGAUAUGGAAUUGUGUUCCGAAGAGGAAAAUGUACAAGACACUACUGCAGCUGGUAAAAACCCAGAGGAAAUGGAUACUGCUGAAAGCCUUCAGCAGAGUGAAUCCUCGACUAUUGUGAAAUGCAAGUACAAAGACUGUGUAGAAAAAGUAGAAAAACCAGGAGAGUACUGUAGGAAGCAUUCAGCCACCAGCUCAGAAGCAGAUCACUUGUUUGCCAAACCUUCUCUCCUGCCACCUAAACCAAGAAAGCCUUCCACUACCAAAAUUUUCAGCUCAGCAAGUUCUUCACGGAAUGCAGCCUUCAGUAAGGAUCUCGAGGAUGUUAAAAAGCUACCCCCAGCUUCCAAAAGCAAAGUGAAUGCAGCAAAACCAGUGGUCGUCAGGCCACCAAAUGCAAAGCCUAUACCAAUAAGAAAUCAGACAUGCAGGUCUCCAAGUUUCACUAAUGUACCUCAAGUCAAUAUUCCUAAUAAUGUUCUCCAGUCACAAAAUAGACAGAAUGACAAUGCUUCAAAUAUUUCCAGGAGGCCUGUCCAAGAAGCAUAUUCUUCGCCCUUUUAUGUUCAACAGCGUGAUUACAGUAUUUUUAUUAGCGAAGUCCUAAGGUGGACUUAUGAAAUGUUUGUAAACUCCAGCCUCUUUGGACCUCCAAGUAAUCUCACGCAGUCUGUAGUAGCCUCUGUUCCUGUCCACUUUCAAGGAUACAAUGACUAUUUUAAUACAUUUUUCCCCUUGAUGAUGCUAAAUGCCUUUGAAACACUGGCACAAGAGUGGAUAGAAAACCAGAGAAUAAGAGAGAAGAGUUACUACUUCAACUUACAGAACUUUUCUGCUGACUUGAACACAGCAGAUUUUACAGCUCAUUUGCAAGAAAGUGAUUUGGCAAAGCAGCUUCAUCCAAAAGAGGAUGACUUAAUCUUUUUGGUGGUCCAAAAGAAAAAAGAUGCCUUUAGGGAAGAAAGCGAGAUGGAGGACCAAAUAGUGAAUGAAGUUGGUCUCGUGACACGAUUUUCUCGUGCAUCUGGCCGUUCAACUAGACAAAAGGAGCAGCAUACCGUCUGUCAUCUUUCUGUGCGAACUCGAGGCAAUUUGUCAUUCUUCGUAAAUAAGCAAGUGAAGUGCAUGGUGGUUGGCUCUCUGGUGACCACACACCGAACAUUCAAAGGUCUGCUACUACUGAGCAGGAGUCCCCUGGCUAAACCCAUCAUAAAUCCAAGUUACAAUGACUUCUGUCCCAGAGAUUUGCUGGUAGCUUCAGAAAGCGCUGUGUGGAAUGUGAAUGAAUACAAUGAAGAUCAAAAGAGAGCUAUUGAGACAGCUUAUGCCAUGGUAAAGCAACAUCCAGGGCUUCCCAAGAUCUGCCUCAUCCAUGGACCACCUGGGACAGGGAAAUCAAAAACUAUUGUUGGACUUCUGUCUCGUGUUUUGAGAGAAAACACUAGGAAUGAGAAAACUCAAAAAACAAAUUCCAAGAUCAAGCCAAACCGUUUUCUUGUUUGUGCACCAUCAAAUGCUGCUGUUGAUGAACUCAUGAAAAAGAUCAUCAUUGCGUUUAAGGAAAAAUGCCAAAACAGACAGGAGCCUUUGGGAAACUGUGGUGAUAUCAAAUUAGUGCGACUUGGUGCUGAAAAAGCAAUCAACAGUGAAGUCCGGGGAUUUAGCCUGGAUAAGCAAGUUGAACAUAGGAUGAAACGAAAGCCAGCUGACUGUGACCAGGAUAUUCAGAAGAAAAAAGCAGCUCUGGAUCAAAAGCUGGACAUGCUGUCUCGUCAGCGUGCCAUGCACAGAUGUGAGAAGAAGGAAGUGAGUCAAAUGUUAGAUGAUGAAAUUGGCAGACUUUCAAAGGAGAGACAACAGCUUGCUUCUCAACUAAAGGAGGUUCGGGGGCAUUCUCAGAAAGUACAGGCAGAUAUCAUCUUAGAGUCCGACAUCAUCUGCUGCACGCUGAGCACAAGUGGAGGAAGUCUGCUGGAAUCAGUGUUUUUUCGGCAAGGACUUGAUCCUUUCAGCUGUGUCAUUGUGGAUGAGGCAGGGCAGUCCUGUGAGGUUGAAACACUGAUUCCACUGAUCCAUCGCUGUAAUAAACUUGUCCUUGUUGGAGAUCCCAGACAGCUCCCUCCUACAGUCAAAUCAGUGAAAGCUCAGGAAUAUGGCUACGAUCAGUCCUUGAUGGCACGUCUGCACAGACACCUGGAGGAGCAAGUGCACAAGAAUGUUUUGCGAAGCCUGCCAGUUGUGCAGCUGACUGUGCAGUACCGGAUGCACCCUGACAUCUGCCUCUUCCCAUCCAAUUACGUUUAUGGCAGGACUUUAAAGACUGACAAAGCAACAGAAGAGAACAGAUGUUCUUCAGAGUGGCCAUUCCAGCCCUACCUUAUUUUUGAUGUAGGAGAUGGUCAUGAGGAGCGAGACAAUGACUCUUUUAGUAAUCCUCAGGAGGUGAAGCUGGUGAUGGAAUUAAUUAGAACUAUAAAAGAGAAAAGGAAGGAUCUGGGUCUUCGACGCAUUGGAAUAAUUACUCCUUACAGUGCACAGAAAAAGAAAAUUCAAGAACAACUGGACAGAGUGUUUAGGAAUAAUAGCCCAGGAGAAGUGGACACAGUGGAUGCAUUCCAGGGACGAGAGAAAGACUGCAUCAUAGUGACAUGUGUCCGGGCAAACAGCACUAAAGGGUCAAUUGGGUUUCUGGCAAGUCUCCAGCGUCUGAAUGUUACCAUUACCAGAGCCAGAUUCAGCCUCUUUAUCCUUGGAAGACUGAAAACUCUCAUGGAAAACAAAGACUGGAACGAGUUGAUUCAGGAUGCUCAGAAAAGAGGUGCCAUUAUCAAGACAUCAGAAAAAAACUACAGGAGAGAUGCUGGUAAGAUUUUGAAGCUCAAGCCACCAGUACAGCCCCCAGCCAAUGCAGGAACAAAGCAACCUGCUCCGUUGCAGUCGUCUUCCAGUGGCAAGAAGCCACUUGCAAAUCCAAAGGAGGCCAGCAGCCCUCGGGAGCUCACUGCUGGCACUGGCUCUGCGGCGCUACAGGGAAGCGGAGGACCCCAGCAGCCACAGCGGGCUCAGGCUGUGGACUCCAGGAGAGGCAGUGCCCCUGCAACCAUGGUGGCUGCAGUGCUUCCUGCUGAUCAGGAGAAACCACGGGACCCGAGGCUGGCAAGCAUGGCUAGUAGAACUGAAGCCAAAGGGAAGGAGCAGGCCUCAAAAGACAGCAGUCGGUCAGCCCAGAGCAAUCCAGGAUCAACAUCACAGCAAGGCCUUGAUGUGUCCUCAGCUGCCAGGGAUCAGAUUGCCAGAACAGAAACUUUUAAGAAGCCCCAACAAACACCGGGACAAUGUGAGUCGCCUUCCACACCUCGGCACGAGGGUGACUGGAGAGCUCCUCCUUCGAAAAGCAGUUCAAAAUCCCACAGUGAAGGAGGUGAAAGUUACAGCAAUAAGCAGAACAAAGACUAUUGUGUGUUAACAAGGAGAACAUCAGAAGAGUCACCAGUGAACACAGAAUCAAACGGUGCCAAGCGAAGAAAGACCUUUCACUGACUUGAGUAUUGACUCAUUACUGAAAAUCUAUUCCCAGAUUUCUGUCUAGCAAGGACUGUAUUUUAAAUUAUUUAGUAUGCUUGGAACUCCCUUGUAUUGAUACCACUACUAUCAGUAGAUUCAUCUUUUUCCCAUCCUGUCCCUAAUUGUGAAGGGGACUUUAUACCUCUUUAUACCUGGCAGUUGAUAGAUUGGAGCUUUUGUAAGGAAAAAGGGUAGCUGCAUUGCUUGGAAGAGCAGUCAUCUAGGAAGUUAAGGUUGUAAAUGUUUAAUGAUGUAUAUUUGUACAGUAUAUGAAAUUAUUUUAAGAUUUAAUUUGGCAAAUAUAUAGCUUCUUGUUUCCUUGUGCAAAUGCUGAUUUCUUAGGUAUUUUUUUAUGAAGAACCAGAGCAAAGCAAAAAGAAAGAAAAAACAAACAAAAAAACCUAAACCAACCCAAACCCAAACAGAAAAUCCAAAAAAGAGCCAUACUUUGUUUCCCCUUUGCACUAAUAAGUCUAAUUUAUUUGAUGGCAGAGUGAAUGUUGAUAAUGUGGUAGCAGUGAUUCUUCCUCGUGCUCCACUAGUGCUUCAGGAAACACUGAAGGCAGAUGUACAUUGGUUGAAUGGAGAGAAUUCUACUUAUUUUGUAUAUUUUAUGGCCUGUUUUUAUAAGAACAGAAGAGCUUCCGUUUAUACACGUGUGCCUUGAGUUUUGCUCUUGCUGCUGCUUCAUGAGUUGUAAUUCUUUUCUUGUUGCAGAGGCAACACAAACUGCAGAUUAAAGCCUAUGAGGUCUGUUUGGUCCCAGUGAGUCCAUGUGAGGAAUCAUCAACAGCACUGUGCAACCUUAGUCAAAGAUCCAGUUAAUGCUUCUUGGUAAUGACACUCGAGUUUUCGUUACAGGGAGAUUUUGGAGAUCUACAGAGCUAAAACGGGCAAGCAGUUCAUUCUCGGUGUUAUUACUGGAUUCGUUCCACCGUGUUGAUGAAGAAUAUUUAACCAGUAAAAUGGGGUGGUGCAGGAAAAUGAACUGAUUUUUAAGAAAGCCUUCCUCUCGUCAUAACAUUUCACAAUAAAAGUGGAAUUAUUUCUGCUAAUAAUGCUUUUGGGUGACUGAAUUAUCACUUUAUCUGGAGAUUGUGUCUAUGUGAGGGAGGUGAAGAGCAGCAUUUCAUGUGCACAGAGUUUUUGCAUGGAGGUACUCUAGCACGCUUCUGCCUGGGCAUGCAGCUCCACGCUGUGUUAGCACAAGCUGGGUGUACUGCGAGUGGGCCGGGUUGCUGUCUCCAUGCAUCUGUGGUGAAGUACAGCCUGCUCAUGGUGAAGUACAGCCUGCUCAGAGGCAGGCAUGAUCCUCCUGUCCCCCCCAGCUGACUUGUGCUUAACCAUCAUCACGGCAGUGGCUUUCUGAGCUGCCAGAUUUCUCUGGCCAGAAUUUAGCCAUCAUCUUUAGUUAUAUUUUCUGUCCUGACACUUUCAUUGCAGUGAUUAGUGUUAGCUUUGUUCCUUUAACUGCUGCCUGAGAGGUACGUGCGAUCCAGCCCAGUGAAAUAUGGGUGCCUUACCGUACAAAACAUCAGUUCGAACUGUAAUUGCUAGUCAAUGCAUCCAAGCCCAGAACAAACAUGCUUUACUGGUAACAAAUGUGUUGUAGGUGUGUUGGGAGGCAUUUAGUUGCUAUCUGUGGCUGUCCAGCUCAUUGUGCUGCAUAGUACAGAGCAUUUUAAGAUACCAGGGUAGAAUCUUUGAGAUGCCUAUGAAGUGAAACUAGUAUAUGUGCAUUUUUUAGCUUUAGUUAUUUGUUCUGUUGCAAUUGUAAUCACUUCAGUGAACCCUGACCACCUCUUGUCAGCAGUGUGUGCUCUUCUAAAACUGCUGUGACUCUGCCUUGGUGUUGUGUACCUUGUGCAAGCAGGAAGGCUGCUGGAAUGAAUCAGACUGUUGUGAGUUGGACAUCUUGGUCACCCCCCACAUCCCACAAUCCAUGCCCAAUGUGUUAUCUCCUUUUAUGUUCAUAGGAAUAUUUAAAAAUACCAUCAUCUUUGCAACCUCUUGGCUCUCUUGGCAGGGCUGUGCUGACCUGCCUGCUGUUUCUGCUUAGCACAUUGAAAAGGCUGCUAUGCUGCAAGAGGGUGUAGGAUGGCCAUUUAGACUGUCUCGAUGUAAAUAAAGUGAAGCUGGCAACAGUGUGAACGAGGAAAUGCUUUUCUGGUCAACGAGGAAAUGCUUUUCUGGUCAUUAAAUACAAUUUUGUCAAAAGAA